AUGGUGAAUACUCGCAAGGGGUCUUAUGUGCCUAAGCAAUCUGAAGAUGCAUCUAAUGCCAUCACUUCUUCGCCUUCUCUAGUACAUCAUGUAAGGGUGCCUAAAGUCGGGGAGUCUGCUGCUCCUGUAUCUCCUGCUGUGCAUGCACAUCGAGCUUCUGAGGCCACUGUAUCGAAUAUGGAUUUAGAUGAUCAGGAUAAUGUUCUUUUAAUCCGUUUGUUAAAGAAACCCUCAGAGCCAGUUACAGCCGAGAGGCUCCCUUCUGAUCCCCCGAGUUCCAUUCACUCUCAAGAGAGCUUAUCAACCGAAGGGUUAUUCAUUCCAACUCCAGGAGACCCUCGAUGCUCACCAGCUAUACCUUUAGGUCAUUCUCCCUCUAUUCAGCCUCCUCGAUUGAAACUACCUACUUCGCAACCGAAUGCGUCUAAGAUACCUUCUAAAGACAUUCCUCCUCCUACUGAUGAUCCCAUUGCACCAUCUUCUGAAGGAAGGCCAGAGUCUCCUAAAGGUUCUAAACCCCCAAAAAGAAAAACUCAACAAGCUAGGAGAAAUGUUACCACAAAAACUGGCAGAAAGAAAAUCCCUGCAAAUGUUCCAUUUGUUUCCAUUGAUGGAAUUUCUUUUCAUCAUGAGGAAAGUGUUCAACGCAGGAAGUUUGUGAUGCAGAGGAGAAUUACCGAUGAGUUAAUUAGAGAAUUUAUUGUCAAUCUGCCCGAUGAGUUUAAUGAUUUGAGUAGUGCUGACUAUCAGACGAUGCACAUUAGAGGGUUCAAAUUUGUGAUUUCACCUGCAGUGAUAAAUGCUACUCUCAGCGUCAAGUAUGCCAUUCUGUACAAGAUUGGCAUUGCCAAUUGGUUCCCUUCCUCACAUGCCUCAAGCAUAUCUGCUGCCUUAGGUCAAGGUUUCCAUUGCUUUUCUGAGGUUGUUCUACAGUCUGCUAUUUCACCUAAAUGGAGUGGUGCUUACUACACUGAUGCUCUUGGACUUGAACCUAAGACAAUAGCACUAAGCUACAGACUCUUUCAAGGUAGUCAUGUGUCUGAUAUUGACCAUGAUGUGCCUCCAACUCGGGGCCCACGUAUUUUUCACACUACUAACUGGGAUGACUCUGCUGAAGGCUUCUAUGUGGGUUAUGAGUUAGCUACCCGCAUUAUUAAUUCCUUGACUGCUGAAUCUCAUGCACUGACUAACUCCAUUACUCUGUUGUCUAAACGUCGAUUAGAGGUUGAUGCUCUCAUUCGACAUUUGAAGUCUUCGGCACCAUCUACUAGUCGUCAGCAGCCACCAUCUGGUUAA